UAGACUACGUUUACACGGCCUGAGUUACGCCGAAGUUAUAACAUCGAUGUUAUAACUACUGAUGUUAGAUGCCGUGUAAAUGUUCCUUUACGACGAAGUUACUACAUCGAUGUAGUAACUCAAAGUCGUUUCGUGAAGUGGCUUAGGGUUAUUACAUCGACGUAAAAAGGACGUGUAAACGGGCGCAGUGCAACAAUGACGAUAAUGCCAACCUAAAAUACCAUGGCUGCGUUUCGAAAAAAGAUAAAGAAAUUGAAAGAAAUAGAAACGAAAAAGCGUGAAAGUUGGGAAACCGAAGAAACGAGAUAUUUUCUCAAAUUAAUAAAAGAACGGCAAGUAAUGAAAACUUUAGAUGGAAAAAGGUUUCGGGCAGAUGACAUUUUCAAACAUUUAGAAUCGCCCAUGAACGAAAAAGGUUAUAACAAGACGUCAAAGCAAAUGCAGACUAGAUUUAGAACUGUGAGACUGCAAUAUAACAAAAUCCGAAGACAAAUGGGAAAAAGUGGAGCUGGCAACUACAUGUCCUUAUUUCCAUAUGCAGAAGAAAUGGGCCAACUUUUGGAUUUUCGUCCCAUUGCUAUAGGAGAUGUUGUAGACAGUACACCAUUACAAGAUCUCUCUAAGAACAAUGAUUAUAGUUAUUCAAGCAAUAGUAUUUAUGAAGAUGAACCAGAUCCACGAGACGGCGCUGUCCCAGGAUGUUCAUCGACAUCGGACAAUAACUGUACAACAGACUAUAGAUCAGAAGAUUCGCCAAGCGAUACAAAUACCGUAAAUCUAAGUACAGUUAAUAGUUCUAUACCUGCAAAGAAACGUAAAGUGAGCAGAUCAAAUGAAGCUGUUACUUUGAGAUAUGCGGAUAAAUUAAAAGAAAACUAUGAAGAAGUUCAAAGCAAAAUUAUGACAGAGAAUCGAUGCUUUAUUCAAUCGUUAAUGGAAUCCGAAAAACAGUUAGAAAAAGAAAUAAUUAACAAUAUGCUUGAAAGCCAAAGAAGUAUUUUAAAAGAAACAACUAAUCAAUUGUUAACUGGCUUGCAAAAUAUUUUCGCUCCUAUAGUUCCGACUCAACAUUCCACAGUUUCAAUUCCUACAGAAAAUCUAAUCGUUCAAAGUCCCUUUGUAAUGUCUCCAGUUCAUUAUUCCUCUCCAUUCUCACCGCCUAAUCUUAAUUCGGAAACUUUUCAUUCUUCAAGCCCUUUUCCUAAAAUAUUAUUAAAUUUAAAACAGCCAGCUUCGAAGACAGCUAAAAAUGUCCAACAAACUAUUUCUAUAGAGAAACAUCCAGAAGCUGAAAAUAAAGAGCCUAUUCCCAUACAAUCAUUACUCAACGUAACAUCGCAAGUCUCGCAAAAUCUAAACUGAAGAUUGAAUAUUCAGAAUUCUUUAUAAUUUCCAGAAACUAACAAUAAGAACACUAAUUAUAACUAAAAAUAAUUU